AUGGAUGAGCUUAUGGAUAUCCCUUUGGAUGCAGCAGAGUUAAAAGGAGCGGGACCUCGAGUAUUCGCCGCCAGCCCCGCAUGUGUCUGCAAUCCGCUCAAGAAAAGACACUAUCCCAAAGACUGUCCAGAAUUUGCGCAAACAGCCGGGCCUUCAGCGGGCGCAGGAUUGGGGAUGCCAAACGGUGGCCUACAAGUGGUAAUCCCAUCCCAAGGGACCUAUGAUAAAAUCCUCGAACACCUCUCCUCUUCUGCAACAUCCGAAUAUGAUUUUGCUGACCAGUCCCUACUCGGUGAUGUAUUCAAUAGUCGAUGGGUGCCGCUACCUUACACAUACAACGCGCUCAAAACGCUACGAUGGAAGGGGGUCCACGAUGCCAUCUGGCGGGAUGAGAAUGUAAAAAAUGUACACUAUAUACUAAGCCCGAAGCCAUGGGAUGAAAAGACAGACGUGCAGGAUCAGCAUCAGGAUCCAUCCCAUGCUUGGUGGAAAUCACUGAAUGAAGAAAGGUUAGCAGAGGAGCAACAGAGAGGCAUCUCAGAUGGUUUUUAA